GGGCGGGGCGCUGGGCACAGGGGAGGCGGUGCUGCUGCGCCGCCGCUGCCCCGGGCGGCUCGGCCGGGCCCUACCCCGCGCUGCCGGGCGCAGGUGCUUAAAUAGCGGCGCCGGCUGCGCUGCCGCGUCCUUCGCGCCGCGGGAAGGGUGCGAGCGGAGCUGCCCCCGACCGGCGUCUGAAUUAUCAGGAGCGUAAGUGUUCGGUCUUCUUCCUGGAGAGCCCACGGCUCCCCAUACUGCUUCCACAGUGAGCUUUACGCCAUCUCUGUGAGAGGAUGGGGUCUCUUCGGCUAUUCUGCUGACACACAGUAUUCUCGUGACUGAUGCUGGCAUACGACUGGGAGUGCACAGGUUGGCUUUUGAUGGAUGGUAGCCAAGAUCUCCGUGGUUGCUAUUCACCAUGGAGGACAGGAAGCUUAUUUAAGAAGAGAAACAGAAAGGACUUUAUUGCUUGUAGAAGGAGAAGCAAGACUUAUGUGCUUUGAAAAGAUCUGCUGUAGUUUGCUGCCAUUUAAUGCUAACAACUCAUCUGCUUGAAGAGAUUCUGUUGUAAUGUAUCCAGUGGCUGUUCCUGCACCAGGAGGUGAAGGAAAUAAUGGACAGCAUGGGAAACUUAUUUUUUUCCUUUUUGUUUUUGGAGCUGUGUUGCUGUGCACUGGAUUCCUGCUUUCAGUCUUUAUUCUCCAGUCAUGCCCAUCUGGAACCUUCAGUGACUGUAAUGAGGUCCUUAAGGCUGCUGGGCCAGUGCUGGCUGUAACUGGACUGGUUUGUGUUUUACUGGCACGAUCAAGGGCCAAGAUGUAUAUGAGACAAAGACAAUUGCAAAAUGAGCAGGUGUACAGCCUUGUUUUUUGCCAUGGGAACUGUCAGUUUGCCCAGUUUCUCAUAUUUGGAUUCCUGUUUUUAACUAGUGGAAUGCUCAUUAGCAUCCUGGGAAUUUGGGUUCCUGGUUGCAGCCCUGGCUGGCAUACCGUACAAUUCAACCACACCGGCAGUUCUGAUGUGAACCUCCAGGGCUGUGGAUUCCUGUCACUUCAAAUCAUGGGACCUUUGAUUGUGCUCACUGGGUUGUGUUUCUUCGUGAUAGCUCAUGUUAAAAAGAAACAAAACUUAAAUCUCAACCACGAAUCUUGUGAAAGUGAAGAACAUCCUCAGAGCCCUGAAUCUUUUCACGUUACAGUAGGUGACGCUGUAAUGGUAUUCCCACCCCCACCACCUCCUUAUUUUGCUGACCCUAUGUCACCAACUGUGACACAUUGUCUUAUGUCGAGUGUUUUGCCUGCAAGUGAAAAUCCUCCACCAUAUCACUCUAUCUUCACUAAUGGAGCACAACUUGCAGAUGAUGAAAGAAUGGUUGCUGUUAGAGACUAUGAAACCAUAUGUACAAUUUCUGGAAGCAGCUCACCUUCAGAUAUUUUACCAAUGCUAUACCUCUGCUCUGAAUCUCCUCCAAAAUAUGAAGAAAAAGCAUCAAUAACAAAUAAUGAAUAUUCACCAUCUUCUUCCUCAUCUUUUUCAUCUAUUUCCUUAGCCACAUCUGACAUCAGCUCAUAGAAGACUCAGUUGACUUAAUUUUUAAAUUAAAUUGUACACAGAGAUUUACAAUUUUUGAAUUUAUUUACAUUUUGUAAUAAAAGCAAUAAUGUUG